AAUAGAGUAUAUCCGACAAUAUAUCGAACAAAUGUUUAAGCAUGUGUGCAUCAAAAACAAAAUAAAGUAAAAAGUUAAAAAUGAAAAAAAAAAGAAGAGAAAUGAGCGGUAAUAAAAAGUACAAGAAAGCCCAAAUAAAAAUGCUAUUUUCAUUGAUCUUUUUGUCCUUUUACCAAAAAGAAAAUAAAAUAAAAAGAUUAAAACCUUACUUGCCCAUUCACGUUGACAAAGCCAAGCUACCAUACCACUCUCUCUCUCUCACCCUCCACUCUCUCGUUCUCUCUCUAAAUGGAAGCUCUCAGCUUUAUGAAACUUUGGCUGACAAACGCCAACGGAAAUAAACCCCGCCGUGAAAUCAUAACCUCCUCCACCGCAUUGGAAGAUCCAGAACUUGAUCUCCACGAAGAAGAUGAUUCCUUCUUCGAACUCGAGAUCUCUCCCUCCGAUUUCUCUUCAAAGAAAAACAAAACCCAUGAAGAGAGAGAAGACAAACAGACAACGUUCUCUGUCUCAAAGAGCAAAGUCCUCCCUUUUGUCGAAACCACUUCAAAACCUCAGUCUCCGAUCACUUCACUAAAGUCCUGUCAAAAGUUUGGUGCUUCCUCAUUCAAGAAGUCAACGACGACGACGGAGAAGAAAGAACACAACGACAGGAGCCUCAACGUAAGGUUCAGAAUCGAGGACGAGAUAACAAGUUUCAGACAACAGGUGAAAGCCGACAAUGACUCUGUUUCCUCUACUUCUUCCUCGAAGAGAUUCUUUGAUCUCAUAAAGCCUUUAUACAACAAAACAACGAAGAAACAGAGCGUUAACAGUGUAACUACAUCUCCUUUGUCUUCACCGGCGUCUAGAGAAAAACAGAGGAGUAAUAUCCCAUCAGGGAUUCGCAGCGUGAAGAGACAGCUUGGGAAGAGCCGGUCGGCGUCUGCGGCUGUCGGAGCGAUGUCUCCGGGGAAGAGACUCGAUGAGUCUUUACAGUUUCAACAAGAUGGGAUUCGAAGUGCUAUUCUCCACUGCAAGAAAUCGUUUCACGGGUCAAGAGGUUAAUUGAAAAGAAAAGAAAAACAAAUAAAUAUUGUUUACUCUCAUUAUAUUUAGAGUAACUUCCAGUUUGUAACUCGAAAAUUCAUUUCAUUUAUUAAAAAAAUAUAAGGUA